AUGGGCAAAUCUCAGUCCAAGCUCUCCCAGGAGCAGCUAGCUGAACUGCAGAAGUCCACCCAUUUCGACAAGAAGGAGUUGCAGCAAUGGUACAAGGGCUUCCUCAAGGACUGUCCCUCGGGCAUGCUCACCAAAGAAGAGUUCCAGAAGAUAUAUAGGCAAUUCUUCCCCUUCGGUGAUCCAAGUUCAUUUGCAGAUUAUGUCUUCAAUGUCUUCGAUAGCGACAAGUCCGGUAGUAUCGACUUCAAGGAGUUUAUCUGCGCCCUCAGUGUUACCAGCCGAGGCAAGAUGGAGGACAAACUCGACUGGGCCUUCCAGCUGUACGACAUUGAUGGGGACGGCAAGAUUAGCUACGACGAGAUGCUCAAGAUCGUCGAGGCAAUCUACAAGAUGGUCGGCUCCAUGGUUAAGCUCCCUGAAGACGAAGACACCCCCGAGAAGCGCGUACGGAAAAUCUUCCGCAUGAUGGACAAGGACGAGAACGGCAGCCUGGACAUGGAGGAGUUCAAGGAGGGAAGCAAACGUGACGAGACCAUUGUAUCGGCGCUGUCUCUCUACGACGGCCUGGUGUAG